GGGGCAUUUACUUACCAUCUCCGAAGCAGCUAACGAUAAACUCCUGCAAUAUUGCCAAAAAAACCAAAAGCGCUUCAUGUACCAGCGAGUACAGCGAAUGUUGAAGAAGAAGGAAGGAGGCGAGGAGGUUGCGCCACCUGAACCUGAAACAGGUGAACCCGAAGCAGCACGGGUAGCUGCGAUUUCAUUGGUAGAAAAGGAUUACUUCGUACGAGCUCGACCAAUGUUGUGGAAAAGCGUUGAGUGCAAUUGUGAAGUUUGGGGCAAACCGUUUAACGCCUUUAUCGAUACUGAGUCUUCCGCAGUGGCCAUAUCUUUAGACACACUUGGAGGACCAACGUGGAAGGUGAUCUCCUCGGUUUUCUCUUCGGAUCGGUGCGGCCGGAACAUCGCGCUGAUCGCUCAAGAACUCAUCGUGCCGAUCGUGCAACUGGCGGACGAUCUCUCUCCUGGCUCCGUUUCGCAAAGCGACGACAGCCCUGCUCAGCACGUGCUCACGCGAACGUUGGACCCGUAUCUUCAGUGGAUUGCAUGCUUGGAAGAGCCUGGGGACGAAGGCUCUCUAUCGUCGCGGCAGGAGUAUCUGAAGCCAUACGGCAUCAUCAAUCACGCUUUCUAUCCAAAGGCGGAGGAGGAGGCGAUAGAAGAGGAGGAAAGUGACAACGACGAGGAGACAUCGGAAGAGGGAAGCUCUAGCGAGUAUAGCGAGGGCGAGCAGAGCGAAGAAGAAGAAGAAGAAGAAGAAGAAGAAGAAGAAGAAGAAGAAGAAGAAGAAGAAGAAGAAGAAGAAGAAGAAGAAGAAGAAGAGGGAGAAGAAACCGGGUCUGAGUGGGAAGCCUUGCCAGAGGAAGCGACGCGUACUGACACGGAGGCAGAAGAUCCUGAGGCAGCGCGCAAGCGAAAAGAAAGUGCCACUGGGAAACGCCAGCUGGAGUUCGCCAGCGGAGCAAGCCUGCGCAUCGGUGACGAUCCAACCAGGGAUCCGGAGCCGCCGAAGCCCGAAGAUGGCGACCCAGCAGCCGCCGCCCCAAGCACCUCAUGGCGGAGACGGAGCCGAUCCUCCUCCCCCUCCAGCCCUACCCGUCCCCCAGUUCGUCCACGUACCGAUGCGGGGGAUAGGCCUUCAUCCCCGGACCUUAUCCCGUUAUCCCCUUGAUUACCUCACCCUCGAGCUGAUCUACACCCCUGUCACCUUCCCCCGCCACCCCUUCCAUCCCCAUCUCUUCCGUGAUUUCUACUCUACGCGCCUAGUCGCUA